UAAAAGUAUAAUAAACACUUCAUAAAAACCCCGCGGAAAAGGGCGACAAUAGAAACCCUAGAAAAGUGCCAUCUUGUUCCUCCUUUGCUUCUUUUCUCUUCCACCCACCGCAACAAACCAGAGCAAGUGGCGGCCAUGGAAGAAAAAAACCCUAACACCAUGGUAGACGAUGAGGUGAAGAACGAUAAGCGCAAGCGAAGGAGAGAGAAGAAGAAGAAGCAGAGACCAGUCUCAGAAUCCGAUUCACCCAACAGCAAAACAGAAGAAGAAGAGCAAGAAGAGAACGGAGUAGCAUCUGGGAUUGAAGCUAAUGGAGAUGGAAAGAAGAAGAAGAAGAAGAAAAGGAAUAAGAAGUUGAAGAGAGAUGAAUCAACUGAGGAUAAUGAAGAAGAAGAGGAGGAGGAGGAGGAGGAGGAGGAGAAGAGUGAGGAAAAGAAAGUGAAGUUGAAGGUGAAUAGUGGGUCUGGGAUUAUGACUACAGAGAAGUUUGAGUCGUUGCCAAUCUCUGAACUCACUCUUAAUGCUAUCAAAGAUAUGAAAUUCCAAUGCCUCACUCAGAUCCAAGCCAGAUCUAUUCCGCCACUUUUGGAAGGCAAAGAUGUUCUUGGAGCUGCAAGGACAGGUUCUGGAAAGACCCUUGCUUUUCUGAUACCUGCUGUGGAGUUGUUACAUCAAAUCCGAUUUACUCCUCGCAAUGGAACGGGGGUAAUUGUCAUCUGCCCAACUAGGGAACUUGCCAUACAGACGCAUGCAGUGGCAAAGGACCUUCUUAAUCAUCAUUCACAGACUCUUGGCUUGGUUAUUGGUGGUGCAGCUCGCAGGGGAGAAGCAGAGCGUAUUGUGAAAGGAGUAAAUCUGUUAGUAGCAACCCCUGGCCGACUUCUUGACCACCUACAGAACACUAAGGGAUUUAUAUAUAAAAAUCUAAAGUGUCUCAUAAUUGAUGAAGCCGACAGGAUAUUGGAAGCAAACUUUGAAGAAGAAAUGAAGCAAAUUAUUAAGAUUCUGCCAAAGAAGAGGCAAACAGCUUUAUUCUCAGCUACCCAGACUAAGAAGGUUGAGGAUCUUGCUCGGUUAUCAUUUCAGACAACUCCUGUCUAUAUUGAUGUGGAUGAUGGGCGGAAGAAGGUCACUAAUGAAGGGCUGCAGCAAGGCUAUUGUGUUGUGCCAAGUGCCAAGAGAUUUAUUCUUUUGUAUUCCUUCUUGAAGAGGAAUCUCUCAAAGAAAGUGAUGGUUUUCUUCUCUUCAUGUAACUCAGUCAAGUUCCACUCUGAACUUCUCAGAUACAUUCAUGUAGAUUGCUUUGAUAUCCAUGGAAAGCAAAAGCAGCAGAAACGUACAUCCACUUUUUUUGACUUCUGCAAAGCAGAGAAGGGCAUCUUAUUAUGUACUGAUGUUGCUGCUCGUGGUCUUGAUAUUCCUGCAGUGGACUGGAUUCUGCAGUAUGAUCCCCCAGAUGAGCCCAAGGAAUAUAUUCAUAGGGUUGGUCGUACAGCCCGUGGGGAAGGUGCAAAAGGGAAUGCACUUCUUUUCUUGAUUCCAGAAGAAAUGCAGUUUCUACACUAUCUUAAGAAAGCAAAAGUGCCAGUGAAGGAGUAUGAAUAUGACUUAAAGAAGUUGGCCAAUGUGCAAUCUCACCUGGAAAAGUUGGUGGCCAACAACUAUUAUUUGAACAAGUCUGCUAAAGAUGCGUACAGAUCCUACAUAUUAGCCUAUAAUUCACAUUCCAUGAAGGACAUCUUUAACGUUCACCGCCUUGAUAUGCAGGCCGUUGCUGCUUCAUUCUGUUUUACUAGUCCUCCAAAGAUAAACCUAAACAUAGACAGUAGUGCAUCCAAGUUCAGGAAGAAACCGCGCAAGGUUGAAGGAAGCCGUCAUGGAUUUAGUGACAGCAACCCUUAUGGGAGACAAAAAGGAGGAGAUGAUACGCGGCAAUUUGUAAGGUAUUAGCAAAAUAUGAAUCAGCAAUAUGCGCAUAUGUUAUGCACCAAUUUUGCAAUGAGGUUUUGUAGUUCAAGAAAUGUUUCUUCUCAAGCAAAUAAUUUAUUCUUGUACAAGUUUUUCAUUUAUUUGUUAACUACUACUUUAAACUUAGUUCAUGUAAUUCAAAACUAGAAAAUCGAAGUGUGGCUUCAAUAGUGGCCAAUGUGCAAAAAGACAAAGUUACCUUUAUGGGGGCAUAUUUUUCAGAUGUCAAAGAAAUGGUUUUAGAUGUCAAGGAGCCGGCAUGAAAUUUGUUGUUGAUGAUCAUGAACUUAAACUCACGUCUCUUAUGAUUUCUAUUUUUAUGUGAUGAUAUUUUAGGUUUUGUCA